AUUUUGUAGAAUUGAAAUAUUUUUGUGACGUGACGUGUUAGAUUCUGCCAUACAUUCUCAGGUACGAAAGGUGGCGGUAUUUACCUGAAACUAGUUUGUAAUCUACCAUUAAAACAAAAUAGAGCGGUUGCUAUUAGCAACCGUGCACUUAGUAAACUAACUGCAGUCCAGUUGAGGGAAAAUCUAGCAUAAAAUUAGACUUUUUCCGGAGCAUAUCGUGACGAGUCCACAUAGAGAUUCGAAGGGCGUCUUAAGGAAGGCCGACAUCAACAUGGAGAAUGCAGACGGUAUUCAGCCAUCAAAUACAAAUCCACAAAAUUCUGAUGUCAAAGACAGCAGGGAAAUGCUGUGGUCCAGGAUAGAUGAGCAGUCUACCUUGAUCUACACACUGAAAAAAAGAGCCGAUGAAACGCUUCUGCGAUAUCAAGCACUUCAGCAAAUUAACUCUGAACUUGAGGACCAACUAGCCCUCUGCCAGAAAGAACUACAGGGCGAAAGAAAAAGAGCAGAUAUGUUAAAAUAUAGAUUCACAGAUCUGGCGGCCAAUAAUGAGGGAAUCAUUAAUUUCAUGGAGGAGCACAAAAACCAGAAUGUGAUGCUAAAGGUGGAAAACAAGCGGCUGCAGUUGGAAAAUGAUUCACUCUUCUCAGAGAAACUACAUGAUAAAGAAAUGUUGGUUAAAAAACUGCUGCAAGAAAAUAAGCUGCUGAGAGAUAAAUGUACCGCUAAUGAACAGGAAUUCAGUGAGAAAAUCACUGAAAGUGAGUCAAAACGCAGAGAGCAAGCAGUCCAGCAUAAAGUCAAAGAGGUGUCACUUCUAGAACAGUUGCAUGAUGCUCAAAAUCAGCACAACAAUGCUGAGGAAAGUUGUAAAGAUUUGAAGCUAAAACUUUCAGAAGCUCAAGAAGAACACGCUUUGAUGGAAACGAGCUUAAAAGAAACCAUAGCGCAUCUAAACAGUGAAAGAAAGAAAUUAUUGGACAUUUCUAUUGAAAGAGGCAAAUCAAUUCAGGAAAAACAGGAACAGAUCUAUGAGCUGGAAACAAAAUGGAGAAACGAGGAAAAAGCCAAAAUUGAAGCACAGGAAAGAUUUGCAUCAGAUGCAAAAGCAGUGAAUAUAGACGCACGAGUGAAGUCCCUCCAGAUUGCUCUGGACAAAUCCAUGUCAGAUCUGCAGAAGCUGAACGAGGAUUUCAAUGCUUUCAAGGAACACAGCAACAACCUGCUGACACAGGAAAAGGACUUAAAUCAAAAACUUCGCCAUAUUAUAGGUUGAAACUCUGCACUAUGUAGA